GGAGCUAGCUCUGAUUCGGUUGUUUACCAUCAAUCAGACUGUUGCUUGGCAGGGAGUGGAUGAUUAUGAGCCUGAACAAGCUGCAGAGGGGCAGGAAGAGAAGUGGAGGCAGCAUUCUUCCUAUUUAAAGCUGCAUCCCCUGGAAGGAGAGUUUGCAGACGGUGCUGGAGCUGGUGCUGAAAAAAAGGGCACACAGACUUUGUCCUGGAACUGAUGCUGAGAAGCAGAGCGAUUCCCCAGCUGGCUUCAUGGUGCUAAAAUAACCACACUUUUUUUUUUUUUGCACUUUUUGUUGCCCGGGAGGAUACAUGUCUAAUAUCUAGGCAUGAUGGCAGUCUGGGUACAAACGAGAACUUUUUUCAUCCUUGCUGCUUUAUUAGGGCGCUUUGUAACCAUAAAAGCACAAGAGGAGGAAGAAUACGAUGGUGGAGAAGAUGGGGAAGAAAUAGCCUGCACGCAGAAUGGCCAGAUGUACCUGAACAGAGAUAUUUGGAAGCCCUCACCAUGCCAGAUUUGUGUCUGCGACAAUGGAGCUAUCCUGUGUGAUGAAAUCCAGUGUCAAGAUAUGCUGGAAUGCGAGAACCCGCAGGUGCCCCCGGGAGAGUGCUGCCCUGUGUGUCCCCAUACAACCCGCGACUUUGACACAACCAUUGGUCGAGGAAGAAAGGGACAAAAAGGCGAACCUGGAGUAGUUCCACCUGUUUCAGGAAUACGAGGCCGGCCGGGACCAGCUGGACCUCCAGGUUCACAAGGACCCCGAGGAGAGCGAGGACCUAAGGGAAGACCUGGUCCACGUGGUCCUCAAGGAAUUGAUGGGGAACCUGGUAUCCCUGGCCAGCCUGGUGAUCCUGGUCCUCCAGGACAUCCUACCCACCAAGGACCAGAUGGACUAAGCAGGCCAUUUUCAGCUCAGAUGGCAGGACUGGAUGAGAAAUCUGGACUUGGUAGCCAGAUGGGACUGAUGCCUGGUUCAGUGGGUCCAGUGGGUCCAAGAGGUCCUCAAGGUCUCCAGGGAAAACAAGGUGGUGCUGGCCCCACAGGUCCACCCGGUGAACCUGGAGAUCCAGGACCUAUGGGUCCAGUUGGUUCUCGUGGACCAGAAGGACCUCCAGGCAAACCUGGUGAAGAUGGUGAACCUGGUAGACCAGGACAAGCCGGUGAGCCUGGAUUUCCAGGAUCUCCAGGGCCUCGAGGCUUUCCUGGUGCUCCAGGUCUUCCAGGUCUCAAGGGUCACAGGGGAUUGAAAGGACUUGAUGGUCCAAAAGGUGAAAUUGGAGCAGCUGGAGCCAAGGGAGAAUCUGGCCCAACAGGUGCCAUGGGUGCAACUGGCCCUUUAGGACCUAGAGGAAUGCCAGGAGAAAGAGGUCGAAUUGGACCACAGGGUGCCCCUGGUGGACGUGGCCAGCAUGGUAUGCCCGGGAAGCCAGGGCCCAUGGGCCCGCUUGGCAUAACUGGUUCUCCAGGUUUUCCGGGUGCUCCUGGUGUAAAGGGUGAAGCAGGUCCAACGGGUCCUCGUGGUCCUGAAGGUCCUCAAGGACAAAGAGGUGAAACGGGGCCACAAGGCCCAGCUGGAUCACAAGGGCUUCCUGGGACUGAAGGGACAGAUGGAUCCCCAGGCGCUAAGGGCCCAACAGGAUCUCCAGGAACUGGAGGCCCUCCUGGUUUAUUAGGUCCACCUGGUUCCCCAGGACCACAAGGCAGUACUGGUCCACCUGGUAUUCGAGGCCAGCCGGGAGAUCCUGGUGUUCCAGGUUUCAAGGGAGAAGCAGGGCCCAAAGGUGAACCUGGCCCACAAGGUCCCCAGGGUUCCAUUGGCCCUAUGGGUGAAGAGGGGAAAAGAGGUCCUCGAGGUGAUCCAGGGUCAGUAGGUCCCCCAGGUCCAGUUGGAGAGAGGGGUGCUCCCGGUAAUCGUGGUUUUCCAGGUUCUGAUGGCUUGCCUGGACCAAAGGGUGCUCAAGGCGAGCGUGGUCCUGCAGGUUCUUCUGGUCCUAAAGGCGGGCAGGGGGACCCCGGGCGUCCCGGUGAGCCUGGCCUCCCAGGUGCAAGGGGUUUGACAGGAAAUCCGGGUGUUCAAGGCCCCGAAGGAAAACUCGGCCCCUUGGGUGCCCCAGGAGAAGAUGGACGCCCAGGUCCAGCAGGUUCAAUAGGAAUCAGAGGUCAACCAGGCAGCAUGGGCCUUCCUGGACCGAAGGGCAGCAGUGGCGAUCCAGGAAAACCUGGAGAAGCAGGAAAUGCGGGUGUUCCAGGACAGCGAGGAGCCCCUGGUAAAGAUGGUGAAGUUGGUCCUUCUGGUCCUGUUGGCCCAUCAGGACUGGCAGGAGAAAGAGGAGAACAAGGCCCUCCAGGUCCUACAGGGUUUCAGGGCUUGCCUGGGCCACCAGGCCCUCCUGGUGAGGGAGGAAAACCGGGUGAUCAGGGUGUUCCUGGUGAUCCUGGCGCUGUUGGCCCUUUGGGACCUAGGGGAGAACGUGGCAAUCCAGGAGAAAGGGGAGAGCCAGGUGCAUCAGGAAUUCAGGGUGAAAAGGGUAUGGCUGGAGGUCAUGGUCCAGAUGGUCCAAAGGGAAGCCCGGGUCCUAGUGGGACGCCUGGAGAUCCAGGCCCACCAGGACUUCAAGGUAUGCCUGGAGAAAGAGGGAUUGCUGGAACUCCUGGCCCAAAGGGUGACAGGGGCGGCGUAGGUGAGAAAGGUGCUGAAGGUACAGCUGGCAAUGAUGGGGCAAGAGGUCUCCCUGGUCCAAUAGGCCCAAUGGGUCCAGCAGGUCAAACUGGUGAAAAGGGUGAACCAGGUCCUCGCGGUCUAGUUGGUCCUCCUGGCUCUCGUGGAAACCCUGGUUCCCGAGGUGAAAAUGGUCCAACUGGUGCUGUUGGUUUUGCUGGUCCUCCGGGCCCUGAUGGUCAGCCAGGUGUGAAAGGUGAACCUGGAGAACCUGGACAGAAAGGAGAUGCUGGAUCUCCAGGACCACAGGGUCUUGCUGGAUCUCCUGGUCCACCAGGUCCUUCAGGUGUUCCUGGUUUGAAAGGUGGUCGAGGAACACAGGGUCCACCUGGUGCUACUGGAUUCCCAGGAUCUGCUGGAAGAGUUGGGCCUCCAGGACCAACCGGAGCUCCAGGGCCUGCUGGGCCUAUUGGCGAGCCAGGAAAAGAAGGUCCCCCAGGUCUUCGUGGUGAUCCUGGUUCUCAUGGCCGUGUGGGAGAUCGAGGCCCGGCUGGACCCCCUGGAGGUCCUGGGGACAAGGGUGACGCAGGAGAAGACGGGCAGCCGGGCCCAGAUGGCCCCCCUGGUCCAGCAGGAACUACUGGUCAAAGAGGUAUUGUCGGUAUGCCAGGACAGCGAGGGGAGAGAGGCAUGCCUGGCCUGCCAGGGCCUGCAGGUACACCAGGAAAACAAGGUCCCACAGGGCCACCAGGUGAUAAAGGUCCUCCAGGACCUAUAGGUCAGUCAGGUGCCACUGGACCUGUAGGUGAAGCUGGUCCAGAAGGACCUGCUGGUAAUGAUGGGACUCCUGGACGAGAUGGAGCUGUAGGGGAACGUGGUGAUCGUGGUGAACCUGGACCUGCAGGCUUGCCAGGUUCCCCAGGGGGUCCAGGAACUCCAGGUCCUGUUGGCCCUCCAGGAGAUGCAGGCCAAAGAGGUGAAACUGGUUCUCGAGGUCCCGUGGGUCCCCCAGGUCGUGCAGGAAAGAGAGGCUUGCCUGGUCCCCAAGGGCCUCGUGGUGACAAAGGUGACAAUGGAGAUCGAGGUGACAGGGGCCAGAAAGGACACAGGGGGUUCACUGGGCUUCAAGGUCUUCCUGGUCCUCCGGGUCCUAUUGGUGAACAGGGAAGUCCUGGCAUUCCAGGUCCUUUUGGUCCUCGGGGUCCUCCAGGUCCAGUUGGUCCUUCAGGCAAGGAUGGAAGUCCUGGACCACUUGGGCCAAUUGGGCCUCCUGGUGUUAGAGGAACUGUGGGAGAAGCCGGACCUGAAGGUCCACCAGGUGACCCAGGCCCUCCAGGUCCCCCAGGCCCUCCAGGCCACCUGACUGCUGCCAUUGGUGACAUUAUGGGACACUACGAUGAUGCUAUGGCAGAUCCACUACCAGAGUUUACUGAGGAUGAAGCAGCCCCAGAUGAUCAUAAUAAAACAGACCCAGGAGUCCAUGCCACCCUGAAGUCCCUGAGCAGCCAGAUCGAGACGAUGCGCAGUCCUGAUGGCUCCAAAAAGCACCCAGCGCGGACUUGCGAUGACCUGAAGCUUUGCCACCCCUCCAAGAAGAGUGGCGAAUAUUGGAUUGAUCCUAAUCAGGGAUGUGUUGAAGAUGCAAUCAAAGUAUACUGCAACAUGGAAACUGGAGAGACCUGCAUCUCUGCAAACCCGUCUACCAUCCCACGCAAAACGUGGUGGACCAGCAGGUCAUCUGAUCAGAAGCCUGUUUGGUAUGGCCUUGAUAUGAACAGGGGAUCCCAGUUUGUGUAUGGGGAUAGCGCUGUCACCCAGAUGACAUUCCUGCGCCUUCUGUCAAAGGAGGCUUCCCAGAAUAUCACUUACCAUUGUAAGAACAGUGUUGGGUACAUGGAUGACCAGACCAAGAACCUGAAAAAAGCUGUAAUUCUGAAAGGGGCCAACGACCUGGAGAUCAAAGCAGAGGGAAACAGCCGAUUCAGAUACACUGUUCUUCAUGACAGCUGUUCUAAACGUAACGGGAACGUGGGCAAGACAGUCUUUGAGUACAGAACGCAGAACGUGGCGCGCUUGCCUGUCACAGACAUUGCACCGGUGGACAUUGGCAGCGCCGACCAGGAAUUUGGAGUUGAAAUUGGGCCAGUUUGCUUUGUGUAGGAGAGAGGAGGCAAAUUUACACACUACCCAGCAGCAGCAGCAAUUA